AAUUUUGGGUUAUGUGCUUCGUUUUCGCAGAGCACGGCGCAUCAGCGCCUCCUUCUUUCUGUGACCUUCACCGCUUCACGUCUUCGCAACUGAGAGCAAAGCACGGCACCUCCUUCCCUCCUCCAUAAUAAUUUGAAUAUUCGAAACUGAGAGCACGUUGCUGUUCGUGUUCGCUAUUCAGAUCACGCGUUGUUCGCGUUGUUGUUCGCACUCGCCGUUCAGAUCAAGGUUCACGCUACUGUCUGCUUCUAUCGCUUUGCUCUCAAGCUUGCGUGCCGUUGUUGCUCUGUCUCUUUUAGGGAAUAAAAGAGCGGUCAAUAAUCCUUUUGAGCCUUGCAGCGUGGAGGACAAUCCCCUAAGUCGCUUCUAAGAUUUCUUUUUUGAUAUAGCGAAGCUAACCCUAAGAGAUGCCUCAGAGGCACUCAAAGAACAACAAUGACCUAGCUUUUUUCACCUAUGAGGAGAAACGAAAGCUUGGGUAUGGGACCCAGAAGGAGAGGCUCGGCAAGGACUCAAUUAAGCCGUUUGAUGCUUGCUGCCUCUGCUUAAAACCUUUCAUUGAUCCCAUGAGCUGUCAGAAAGGCCAUGUAUUUUGCAAAGAGUGCAUUCUGGAAUGCUUGUUGUCUCAGAAGAAAGACAUUCAGAGGAAGCUUGCUGCCCACGCUGCACAGCAGAAGCAGGAAAAAGAAGAGGAAGAAGAGAGAUUGAUGCUGCAAAAGGCCAAGGAGCUUGAUGCAUUUGAUCAGCAAAAUCAUGGCGCCCUGCCCCAAUAUAGUGACAGAAAUUAUAGUCAAGAUAAGCACGGUUUUCAUGGGGCAAACAGUGUGAAGGUCACAACCUAUGAAGAGGAAGCUCUCCGGACGAUGAAGGCAUUCUGGCUGCCUUCUGCUACGCCGGAAGCUCCUGUCAAAGUAGAAGCACCUUCAACUAGCACAACUUGUCCAGAAGGAAAGGAGAAACUCAAGUUGAAGACUCUCUUUUCCAUUCACUUCUCUGAAGAUACUAGUGAGCAGAAGAAACCCAAAUCUCUUGAUAGGACCUAUAUCUGUCCUAGCUGCAAAGUUACUCUCACCAGCACAAUGUCGCUCGUGGCCCUCAAUACAUGUGGGCAUGUGUUUUGCAAGAAAUGUGCUGAUAGGUUCAUGGCUGUGGAUAAGGUUUGCCUUGUUUGUGACAAACCUUGUAAAGAGAAGAAUCUGGUGAACUUGGAGAAAGGAGGGACUGGGUUUACUGGUCAUGGAGAUCAUCUUGAAGCCAGAGACUUCAAGCAUUUGGGAAGUGGUUCUGGAUUGGGGCUUGUUAGACCUGCAACGAAGACAUGAAUGAAGCUCUAUGAACUUUGCUAGCGCCGUGCAUGCAGGACAAAGACCUUAUUUAUAGUUUCUUGAGUUUUUGCUGUCAAUUGUCCCUGCUUUGCUUUAUCGUAUGUAAACUUGGAUGAUUUUAAAAUUCAAGCUUGGGAAAGUAUAAACAGAGUUGUACUGAUCUUCGGCUGUGCUCAUAGGAUAAUUUAUCAUCAGGUAUGAUUAAUCUCUA